AGUAAGUAACUUAUGCAAGAAGAAAACACGCUUAAAGAAAACUCCAUCAAAGCACAAUCGACAAAGCUGCUUCGUCGUAAUAAAUUGCUGUCUAACCUCCAAUUUUUGCAAUAACAAUGGAAAUUGCCGAAAAUCAACAUCACCAAACAGUAAGAUUCGUGCUACAUGUCAGUGUGAAGAAGGAUUUGUUGGUGAGCGUUGUGAAAAGAAAGCAAUGUCUUGUCAAAGUUAUAGUGGUCUUUCGAAUGGCUGGUACAAAAUAAUUACAAAGGAUGAUAACAAAGUGAAAGUCUACUGUCAUUUUGAAUCAGACAGAAUUUGGACUUUGGUUAUGUCUUAUAGCUUAGAAUUCAAUGAACAUUACAAAAAUAGUCCGUACUUUACAAAUUCUCCACGAAACGAAAUGAUUGAAACAUGGGAGGAUCAUAGGCUUUCUUUGAACUCAAUGAAAACUAUAAAAGAAGAUGGAAACACAUUAUGGUGUAUCACAUGUUCCUACGGCAAUAAUGGCUGGAAUACCACAGAUAUUGUUAUUGCAAAACAUAAAAAUGCGCCAAUUAUGAAAAAAGACAUGCCUUUUCCAAUGUGCCUAAAUGUUGACUUUAUUAAUAUCAGAGGCAACUUUUGUAGAAACUGUUCUGUUCCUUUUUGGCAAAGCAAAGAUUUUAUAUUCCAUACAGACAGUGAAAAUAGCAAGGAUUACUGUGAAAAAAAACGUAUUUUUGACCCGAUGAAAUGUGAUGACGGUUCAGGAGGAGAAGAUAAUUUCGGAUUUUACAAUUGUCGAAAUAGACAACACCGUUGUUCUUCGUCAAAUAAUGCAACCACACAGUUGUGGUUUGGUGGAAAAAUUAAGUAAAACUGUAUAUAAAAAGGAAGUCUUCUAGUUUGGUAAAAUAACAUACAAAAUCCAUAUAUAUAGCAUAACGGUUGCAAAAUUCAUAAUAUGGUACUAAAACUUUUGUGCUUGAGGCGAUUAAGUGAGGACUAAUAUAUAUUAUUCUAAUGUAUAAGUGGUAUAUUAGUUUAUGGAUUAAGUGUACAGAAUAUAAUAUCGUGCGGUUCGUUUAAAAAUAUUAAGUAUAACCUUUGGGAAUGCUAAAAAGAAAAAGAAAAUUUGAGUAAAUUUUUCUGUAUUCUUGUAAAUAUCUUUAACUUUGUGCUAGGCACAUAACAUUCCUUUGCCAACAUAAAUUAUAAAUUGCUAUGAAGAUGUGAAAAUGUAACUGUUGCAUGAUCAAUAUAAGUAAUAGUAUAGUUUGAA